CAGCUGUCCAAUUAAACACUUUCACCGGUGUUUCUCACCUGUACCGGUCGACGUUAACGUUUAUCACCUAGCGUGUGUAUACAGUGAGGUUAUAGAUAGUAUCAGCAUGAAGUAUUACAUCGGCUUUUGUAGGUUAAUAACCUGAACGUAGCUAAAUUAGUUCACCUUCAGAGACCGUUAACCUACGCCGUUACGCAGCUGUUACCAACCGCCAAUUAUACCCAACCGUUAAAACGGUUAGUUUACGUUUUGUCGACAGCAGCCGCUAAGAAAGGGGGAGCGGCUGGGCUCUUUUUAGAUCAUCAUGCCGUCUUCCUGUGACUCUCUGAUUGAAGACAUUGAGGACAUGGUGUCUUCUAAUGACCCCACUCCUCAUGAGAGACAGUCUGCUAGAAAGAGUAUCAUACCGAGGUCUAGGAAGAAAAAAGAGCUGAGCAACGAGGAGCUCCAAGCUGACAGUUUGAUCCCUGGCACCCAAAAAAUCUGGAUGAAAACGUGGGGUUGCAGUCAUAACAACUCAGAUGGAGAGUACAUGGCUGGUCAGCUAGCUGCCAGCGGAUACAAGAUGACUGAUGACCCAACAGAAGCAGACCUGUGGUUGCUUAACAGCUGCACUGUGAAAAACCCUGCAGAGGACCACUUCAGAAACUCAAUCAAAAAAGCCCAGGAUCAGCAGAAAAAGGUGGUGCUAGCAGGUUGUGUUCCCCAGGCCCAGCCACGGAUGGACUACCUGAAAGGACUCAGCAUUAUUGGGGUCCAACAGAUUGAUCGAGUGGUGGAAGUAGUGGACGAGGCUGUAAAAGGUCACUCAGUUCGCCUGUUGGGUCAGAAGAAAGAUGGAGGCCGGAGGCUCGGAGGAGCUAGACUGGACCUGCCCAAGAUCAGGAAGAACCCUCUCAUAGAAAUCAUCUCCAUUAACACUGGGUGUUUAAAUGCGUGUACCUACUGUAAGACUAAGCAUGCCAGAGGAGACUUGGCUAGUUAUCCCAUCGAAGAGCUAGCAGAGAGAGCUAGGCAGUCUUUCCAGGAGGGAGUAUGUGAGAUCUGGUUGACCAGUGAGGACACAGGGGCCUAUGGUAGAGACAUAGGGACAGACCUGCCCACAUUGCUGUGGAGACUGGUGGAGGAGAUUCCUGAAGGGGCCAUGCUGAGGCUGGGGAUGACCAACCCACCAUAUAUCCUGGAACACUUGGAGGAAAUGGCUAAGAUAUUAAAUCAUCCACGUGUCUAUGCCUUCCUUCAUGUUCCUGUGCAGUCUGCCUCAGACAGCGUCCUGAUGGACAUGAAGAGAGAGUACUGCAUCGACGACUUUAAAAGAGUGGUGGACUUUCUCAAAGAGAGGGUUCCAGGUGUAACCAUUGCCACAGACAUAAUCUGCGGUUUUCCUGGUGAGACAGAAGAAGACUUCCAAGAGACAAUAGACUUGGUAAAACUCUAUCAAUUCCCAAGUCUCUUCAUCAACCAGUUCUACCCCAGACCCGGUACACCUGCUGCCAAGAUGGAACAAGUACCAGCGCAUGUGAAGAAGCAGAGGACUAAAGAGCUCUCACAACUCUUCCACUCUUACAACCCAUACGACCAUAAGGUUGGUGAGAGGCAGCAUGUGUUGGUGACAGAGGAGUCAUUUGAUGCUCAGUACUAUGUGGCUCACAACAAGUUCUAUGAACAGGUGCUGGUACCUAAGAGGGCUGAGUUCAAAGGGAAGAUGAUUGAAGUGGACAUCUAUGAAGCAGGAAAACACUUCAUGAAAGGCCGAGCAGUAGAAGACAGUAAGCCGUUCACUCCCUCCAUUGCUGCACCACUUCAGAAAGGAGAGGUGUCUGGCCUGAUACAGGAACAGAUGGCCAAUGGUGUCAAAGAUCCUGCUUCUAUGCCUUCUUCAUCUGUUUUGUUGAUCGGCUCUUACAGUCUUGACAGGGAAGGACUGAAGAAGCUGGGAAUCGGGCUCGCUCUGGCAGCAGUCAUCUUGGCCUUUAUUGUAGAGAAACUGUACUGAUGAAGCAACUGCAAACUAGAAGAGGAUUGUGAAAAAGGGGGUGGACAGUGAGAACACAGGAGGUUUGUUGGAAGCUUGUGUAUACAGCGAUAAAACGGUCUGCUUAGAUCACCUGUACUAUACAUGCUCUCACUCAAUUUUUAAAAAAACCCAAAGGAAAAAAGACACCUACAGCCAUGGAUUAUUUGAAUGUUCUGCGAGAUUUUGCUUGUUUUUAGUACAGUUAGAUUUUUUUUCUUUUUAAUUAAAUGGCAUAGUUUAUCACUUAGCAGUUAUUUUAUUCUGUUUGCACCAAGGUGACGUCACUGUGUUUUUCUGUCAGUGAAGUAGAAAUAAAAACAUGGGCAAUGAAAAUUUCAAAAAAACAUUUCAGACAAGCUUUUUUGUUACAAAUUAAACACUCAUUUUAAUUAGAAUCUAUAUCAAGCUCAGAGCCUGGGUCAUAUUUUUGUUUCAUUAUGAGAUCUGAACUUUUUGUUUUUGUCUAUUGCUCACUGACAUUGUCCAUAAACGGGUAACUAUGUUGUGUGUGUUUUCAAACAUGUUUUUUUUGCCUGUCGCUUCUCAGAUAAAUUACGCACAACACAUUUGAACACAUGGUCAGCUGUACCGAAACAAAGUCUGAGAAUCAUUGCAGAGGUAUUGAAUUAUCCAACAUACUUUUUAGAAGAACUGAGCAGGUAGAUUUCCAAAUAUUGUGUGUAAUAGAGUUUUCCUCCUUUUCAUGGAUUGAAUUGUGCUUACUUUACGGUAUGUGUUAUUUUAUUCUGCUGAAAGGAGUGAUAAUGUGUAAAAACCUUUGAUUAAAGGUCAUUUGUAAUCUUCAUUCAAGUAUUUAUUUUUGAAUAAGAGAUAAGGACAGUAUAUUUUCAGAUCUUCAUAACGAACAUCUUUGAAGUUGUUUUCGAUGUGUUAUUCUCUCAUUAAAGUGGUUGCUCAAAACGG